UUUCUUAAACAAUUAGGUCUACAUCCCAACUGGCAAUUUGUUGAUGUGUAUGGUAUGGAACCUGAACUCCUUAGCAUGGUGCCACGACCAGUUUGUGCAGUAUUACUUCUCUUUCCAAUUACAGAAAAGUAUGAAGUAUUCAGAAUAGAAGAGGAAGAAAAAAUAAAAUCAGAAGGACAAGACGUCACAGAAUCAGUAUAUUUCAUGAAGCAAACCAUCAGUAAUGCCUGUGGAACAAUUGGACUGAUCCAUGCUAUUGCUAACAACAAAGACAAAAUGAAUUUUGAAUCUGGAUCAACAUUGAAAAAGUUCUUGGAAGAAUCUCUAAGUAUGAGUCCUGAAGAAAGAGCCAGAUACCUAGAAAAAUAUGAAGCUAUUCGAGUUACUCAUGAAUCGAGUGCCCAUGAAGGUCAGACAGAGGGGGCAGAACUGGGACCGAAGAGUGGAAGUUACUGGGAGGCAAAUUUCAGCUCAUUAGAAAACGUUCUUCAACAAUUAAAGCCACCUGAAAGUCAUAUGGACUGCCAUGUUGAGUCGUCCUCGCCAUCCUCAUCCCAGCCUCAUUCUAGCCACUGCAGAACGAAGGCCUCACCAUUGUGUCACCAUGCAUCCCUGCCCUGGGUCAAACGUAACCAUGUAGGUCCAGCAAAGGCUACCAGCCCAUCUCUCCGUCUUCGUCGCUGGCGGCCCUUCUUACGCCUGCCGUCUGUGGGGCUUCAUUCUGUUGCACCAAGUAUAGAUGAAAAAGUAGAUCUGCAUUUUAUUGCAUUAGUUCAUGUAGAUGGGCAUCUCUAUGAAUUAGAUGGACGCAAGCCAUUUCCAAUUAACCAUGGGAAAACUAGUGAUGAUACUUUAUUAGAGGAUGCCAUAGAAGUUUGCAAGAAGUUCAUGGAACGUGACCCAGAAGAAUUAAGAUUUAAUGCAAUUGCUCUUUCUGCAGCAUAGUUUAUGCAUAGUGAAAACACCAGUACUGUAUUAUUUGUAACAAAAAUAAAAUUCCUCCUGCCAUACGCCAGUACUCACAAAUUUUGAUAUUUUCAUGAUUAUAUUGAUGAUACUGACCAAUAAUAGUUUAUGUGGAUUAAACUUUGAAUUAAUCUGUA